AGCCCCAAACGACACGCUCAACCAUUUGUCAACAAACGGCCAAUCAUUUUCUAGGUCUUUCAUUCAUAUAAUCCACACAAAAAGACAUUUAAUAAUUAUAAAAAAAAAAGCUGGAUAUGUCAGUGUCUUGUUUUGGACAAUUAUUUUUCUGAGUAUCAUUUGGUUUGCUUUUUCUGUCUUUCUUUUUUUUUGAAGACGCUUUAAUCGCAAUUGAAAAGAUCAACUACACUGAUGGGCUCGUUUCUGUCAAAGCAGCAGAUAGAUUCUGAUAACUAUGAAAAGAUAUUGUCAGAGCUGGAUACUGAAAUUCAAAAGCUAGAAAUUAAGCUAUCAGAUAUGAAGAUAAAUGGUCGAAGAAUAGGUGUUUUAUGGAUCAUAUAUUCAACAUUAUUGUGGAUCAUUUAUGUGAUAUACUACUUGUAUACUCUAAACCCAAGAUACCGUUUGCAAACUGUGGAAUAUCCCUUCUUCAAUUUGACGCCCAUAUUCUUAGGCCCUUUAUGUAUCUAUUACAUUCGGAAAGGAUUAAACUGGACUUAUCACAAAAGACUCGCCCACCUGGACAUAGAAUUGACGACGUUACGUAAAAAGCAAAAACUAAAAGUCGAAGAGCUAAAAAAGAAGACAUCCUAUUAUACAACAAGGCUGUUGUUGGAAAGAUAUGAUAGUAAUUUUGAAGGAUAUAAUAGAAUGAAAGAAAAAGAAACAGCUGCUAAGCACCAACAAGGAAUUCAUCUUCAGCCAAAACAUAAGCAAAAGCAGCAGCAAACAGCAUCCAAACCACAGCAGUUGCAGCAACAACAGCUUGUUGCAAAUCAAAACCAACACAAUGCAAAGCCGACACUGUCAUCCAAACUUCAAUUAACACAGCAAUCCAAUGACCAGCAGCAACGACAGCAGCAUUUCAAAUUUCAGACUAUUCCAAAUAAUAAUGUUGCCCAACCAACUAUACCGCACAACCUAAAUCACUUUUAUCAACUCAACAAGCAACAACCACAGAAAUGGUAUGAUAAAUUGAUUGAUGCGCUUGUUGGGGAUAUUGGACCAGAAACAAAAUAUGCACUGAUUUGCAUUCAUUGUUACGCGCACAAUGGGCUCAUAUUACCACAAGAGGUCGAUACCAUACAAUACACAUGUCCUCAUUGUCAUCAAUUCAAUCCUUCACGUAAAUCAAGAAAGUUACAUCCAAAUGGACCAGUACUGCCUUCAUCAACACAACCGCAACCGACAGUUUCAUCUACCACCUCCGUAAAUACCCUAGCGCCUGAAGCAUCAUCUCUCAUACUCAACUCUUCCGUGGCAGGGUCGAUAAAACGCGUACAACCACUCAAUGCUUCUAGUAAUCAAUCUCUGAAGGAAAAUGAUUUACUUAAAAGCGGUAUGAACGAAAUGGAUGGGUCAGACCUCAUAGCAAAAGAAAGCAAAAGUGAUACCUUUAGAACAGCAUCAUCAUUACCGACAACAAAGGAUUGAGUGUACAGCAUAGAUUGAUAUUUAAUCGUUUUACUAUCACUGUAGAACAAAAUAUGUUAUAACGAAAUAAAACAUCACUUUAAAGAGUUGAAGUGAUAUUUCUCAACUUGGUAAAGAGGCCUAGAAGUUAAGCAACAGUUGGGUAAUAUUUUGGCUACUUGCGUACACGAAAAGUUUUUUAAAAUUUUGGAAGAAAGUUUCAAAAUAAAUCAGAAGGGUACAAUGGAAUCACUAGCAGCGGAGGGUGUUGUCGUUCAACUGAUGAUGCUUUAUAUGAGAACAAGUAUUGUAACGGCAGUCACAGCUUGGGGAUUAUAAAUGACUUUAUUCUUCAAAUGGCAGGUUAUCUGCAACACCAAGCAUUAUC